AUGGUCGGCACCACCAAACCAUCUCAAUUCAGCGAUGCUGCUCUUCAGCAUCGGCUGCAGCUUACAGGUAAAGCCGGUCCACAGGCACUUCUCAGGAAUUUCCGUGUCUUUGGAAUUGCCUGUUUUGCUUGCAUCGGUGGUCUUCUCUAUGGUUACAACCAAGGCGUUUUCAGUGGCGUCUUAACCAUGACCUCUUUCAACAACCAUAUGGGAGACUAUACGACCAACUCCACCAAAAAGGGAUGGCUCACGUCCAUUCUCGAACUGGGUGCCUGGUUAGGAACAUUGUACUCGGGCUUCCUCGCCGAAAUCAUAUCAAGAAAGUACGCAAUCUUGGUCAACACUUGCAUCUUCAUUCUCGGUGUCAUUGUGCAAUGUACAGCAACUUCAGCCGGCCACUCUGCCAUCCUUGGAGGUCGUUUCGUCGUCGGUAUGGGCGUGGGUUCACUGUCCAUGAUCGUACCGAUGUAUGUUGCGGAAUGCUCGCCUCCUGAGUUGAGAGGAUUGCUCAUUGGUGUUCAACAAUUCGCCAUCGAGUUCGGUAUUAUGGUCAGCUUCUGGAUCGAUUAUGGCACCAACUACAUCGGAGGAACCGGUGAGGGUCAAUCCGACGCCGCCUGGCUGGUACCUCUUGCCCUUCAACUAUUCCCCGCCCUCAUUCUUCUUGUCGGUAUGGUCUUCAUGCCAUAUACUCCUCGUUGGCUCAUUCACCACGAUCGAGAGGAAGAGGCACGCAAGACAUUAGCCACCCUAAGGUCCAUGCCAAUUGACCAUGAACUCAUUGAACUUGAGUUCCUCGAAAUCAAAGCGCAAUCCAUUUUCGAGAAGAGAACCGUGCAGGCCACUUUCCCUCAUCUGGCCCAAAUGACCCCCGUCAACACCAUCAAAUUGCAGUUUGUCGCCAUCGCAUCUCUCUUCAAGACGAUGCCGAUGUUCCGUCGCGUCAUUGUUGCCACUGUGACAAUGUUCUUCCAACAGUGGACAGGGAUCAACGCCGUACUUUACUAUGCUCCUCAGAUCUUCGGUGCUCUUGGAUUGUCAUCAAACACCACCUCGCUUCUGGCAACUGGUGUUGUCGGCAUUGUGAUGCUAUUGGCAACUAUCCCUUCAAUCUUGUAUAUCGAUAGAAUCGGAAGAAGACCUGCCUUGGCUCUUGGUGCCAUUGGGAUGGGUCUCUGCCAUUUCAUUAUUGCUGUCAUCUUUGCCAAAAAUGAGCAUCAAUGGCCCACUCACAAAGCAGCUGGCUGGGCUGCUAUUGUCAUGGUCUGGCUCUUCGUUGUGCAUUUUGGUUGGUCUUGGGGUCCCUGCGCCUGGAUCGUCGUCGCCGAAGUAUGGCCAUUGUCGGCUCGUCCGUAUGGAAUCGCCCUUGGGGCUUCAUCCAACUGGAUGAAUAACUUUAUUGUGGGACAAGUCACUCCAGACAUGAUCACCGGUAUUAGAUACGGGACGUUCAUUCUCUUCGGAUUGUUGAUCACAAUGGGCGCUGGCUUUAUCUGGUUCUUUGUGCCUGAGACUAAGCAGCUCACCCUUGAAGAGAUGGAUAUCGUUUUCGGCUCUAGUGGCAUUGCCACGGCGGAUCAGGAACGCAUGGCUCAAAUCAAUGCCGAGCUUGGCCUCGACCGCCUGCAAGGCAGCAGUCGAGGAAGUGACGAACAAGUCGCCGAGAUUCACGGGAAGACACUUGAGUCCAAAGAAGCUUAG